AUGCCUGCCACUGCAGACGAUGCUCAGCAUGGGUACUGUUAUCCACAAGGAUGGCAGAGGGCUGUCUACAUCUACUCUUUGCUAUCAACAUGCCUGUGGAAUAUGGACUCCUUCUCAGAAAGUGUACAAACAGCUCUUGUAUACCUGCUUGUGAUAUUUGCAAGCAACAUUGCUGCAGAAUCCAAUACUUUGAUGAGAAAGGCUCAGAGGAAAGAGGGAUUGCUGUGGUUCUGUUGCAUGGUCACUUCUGGUCUUGUGAGCCCUGUGAUCCAUCCACACAUGGGGGUGCCCAUGAUAAUAAUGAGCUACAGCCUGGAACGGGACCAUGCGAGCGCUCAUCAUUGA